AUGCCACGACCAUCGGCAUCUACGCCGCACCUGAUUUGGGCGGCGGGCCACUUCCUGUGCUUCUUUGCCGGGCUUCGGUAUCUUGCGGGUACGCUCAUGUUUGCCACCCAAUCCGGCGGUCUUUCACGCUGGUAUACCGCAACGUAUCUCGGAGCGAUCCUGUCGUACUGCGUGGUGGUGUACAAGUCGUUUGGAGUGCCGCAGCUCAACAAGCCGUACAUCCAACGGGCACUGAUGGAUGAAAAUGUCCAGUACCUCUUUCUGGCGGUCUACUGGUUCAUGUCCAAACCCAUCUUUAUCACCAUCCUCCCCUUUGUCACCUUUUCCCUCUUUCACGUUCUGACGUUCGUGAGGACGACAAUCCUUCCUGCCGUGUUUCCAACGCCGACUCCUCCGGCACAGGGCGCGGCUCAGGGCGCAACGCAACAACAGUCCAAGCUGGCCAAGAUGGUCCAGGGUUGGGUCAAGGCGAAUUACGAUCCUGCCAUGCGAUUCGUGGCGUAUGCAGAGGUGGCCAUCUUUGCCCGCGUCCUCUUUGGUGCACUGCUCUGGAGAAACUCGCUCAUGGCUCCGCUCUUCUAUGCACACUUUCUAAGACUCCGCUUCUACAUGAGCAGCUUCACCAGGGCCGCUUUCCAACACGUCGGCGCCGUACUCGACGGCUACACUCAACACCAAAGCUGCCCUCCUGGCGUCAGGAAGGUCUAUCUCACCCUCACCGAUCUCGUCGCAAGAUACGCCAGCUCCGUCCUCAGCGUCCAGAACAACCAGGCUCAGCAAAACCAACAGCCACAGCAGGCCGCUCCACAACAGCCAGCAGCAAGAAGGUAG